GUUUUUCCGAAACCUUCGGAAAGUGUGUUUACUUUUGAUUCUGUUGAUACCGUAAUGUGCUCUCUGUUUUUGGUGAUUUUCCCCAAUAAUUACGUAGAAAAAUACUUAUUUUCACAAAGAUUAAACUUACUGAUUGUGUAAUAAGUGGAAAUUGUGAAAAGUAUCAAAGUGAAACCGCGAAAAAGCAGUGUUUGAGACUUCCUCGGCAGGAUGGGAGUUACAAAGCAAUAUCUUGCUUACAAGCCCUCUGGGGCUUUCAAUAUAGUCGUGAGCCCCCGCCCCAAUGCCUCUUUUGUCACAUUCAAAGGGGUACAGGGCAGAUGCGUCGCCGUAGGAGGAGCUGAAAAACUUUUAAUAUGGGAUUUGAGACUUGGCGAGAAAGUGCUGGACAUUACGAAUGAGAAACAAGAAGUCACAGUCUUACGUCCCAGCCCUGAUAAUCUCCACAUUUCUGUGGGCUAUGCCGAUGGUUCUGUACAAAUCUUCGAGAUGGAUUCCCGACAAUCCGUCUCAUCUUUUGUAGUUCACAAAUCUGCAGUCAGUUGCCUGAGGUAUGACGGAACUGGGAUGAAACUCUUAACAGGGGGAUUGGAUACAGAUCUCGUAGUUCUGGAUGUUGUUGCUGAGGCCGGAUUGUGUCGAUUGAGUGGCCAUCGGGGUCCCAUUACCGAUGCCCACUACCUGGAUGCCUACGGGAGGAUUGUGGUAUCAUGUUCCAAGGACAUGCAGAUCAAAUUCUGGGAUAUCGACACGCAAAAUUGCUUCAAAACCUUGGUUGAUCAUACAACGGAAGUUUGGGCACUGGGAAUUCUGCGGGGAGGAUUUCUCGUCAGUGGGUCAUCCGAAGCCACUCUCAAUGUCUACCGAGUAUCACCAAAUGCACCUGAAGAAUCAGCAAGUGGAGAUCUGGGAAUUUUCGAGAGUGAAGCAAUGAAUCCCAUUCAAGUGAAGCUCUUGGGAGUAAUUCCACGGGCUGGAAAGGGUCGAACGGUGGCUCUGGCGAGUGAUCAGGAAGGGAGUAUUUUGGCUUGUCAUGGUACAGACAAUCAGGUGGAAUUAUUCUACUUCUGUACGCCUGCAGAAGCAGCCAAAAGACUUGCUAAAAGGAUGAAGAAGCUUUCUCUUGAUGGAGACAAAAGAUCGGAUGUGAGUUUAUUCGAUGAGGUUAAGAAGCUCCCCAGUAUCAAAACUCAGUGUAAAAUCCGAGGAUUGGAUAUUCUCUUGGGAGUUAAUAAUGAACUGAGGAUUGUGGUGACUUCUGCAAGUAACUUCAUCAAGCUUUUUUCUCUCAAUGUCAAGGAGAAAAAUGCUGAAGCCCAGGAAAUUCGUUCCCUAAAUCAGAUUGGGCACCACACAGAAGUACGUAGUGUGGCUUUUAGCUCAGAUAACCUGGCCAUAGCUACAGGAAGUGGCGAUACACUGAAAGUCUGGAACAGGGAGUCACUGAAAUGCAUUCGAACUGUCGAAACUGGAGCUAUUCUCUGCACUCUCUUCGUUCCGGGAGAUAGACAUGUGAUCCUUGGGCUGAAAACCGGAGAGAUGAUGAUUGUCAAUGUUGUGGUGGGGGUCAUUUUGGAGACAAUUCCAGCUCAUGAGAAGGAUCUGUGGAGUAUUUGCUCAAUGCCUGAUCUCAAGGGAUGCAUAUCAGGAGGAGGUGACAAAACCGUUAAAAUGUGGUCUUAUGAGUUGAUCCAGGAUCCUGAUAGCAAAUCCCAAGUCCUCUCCCUCAUGCACAGGAAUACUCUGAAGCUCGAUGAGGUGAUAAUGUGCGUUAGGAUUUCUCCGAAUAACAAAUUCAUUGCCUGCGCUUUGCUGGAUUCCACGGUGAAGAUUUUCUUCAGAGAUUCUUUGAAGUUCUACCUUUCGCUAUAUGGCCACAAACUCCCCGUCACUUCCAUGGAUAUUUCUCAUGACUCCAGCCUCAUUGUCACGGGAAGUGGAGAUCGGAAUGUCAAAAUUUGGGGAUUGGACUUUGGAGAUUGCCAUAAGUCGCUUUUUGCUCACGAUGACUCCAUAUUGGGAGUCCAGUUCAUUCCUCAGACUCAUAUGUUCUUCUCUUGUGGUAAGGAUGGUAAAAUCAAGGAAUGGGAUGCGGAUACAUUUGAGAAAAUUACCACACUUCCGGCCAAUCAUGUUGGAGAGGCAAAUUCCCUGGCAGUGAGUCCAAAUGGGAUGUUCCUGGUCACAACUGGGACAGAUCGAGUGGUGAGACUGUUUGAGAAGACAGAUGAGCCCAUUGUUCUGGAAGAUGCUCAAGAAGAAGAGAGAGAAGAGAUUGAGAAUAGAAUCCUAGCUACAGGAGAUGAAUCAACAGUUCCUGGAAUGCCAGGGCUCAAACUACCCUCGAAAAAGACCGUCGGAGCUGAGAAAGGAGCCGAAUCCAUCCUCGAGUGUCUAGAGAUCGGGAAUCAAUUUGAUGCUGGUGAGGACAAGGAACUGCAUCCGCUCAUGAAAGCCUUCGAAGUCACCACCUCUUCAGAUUUUCUCCUUGUCACACUUGCCCACAUUCGCCCGAGCGAUUUAGAAGAAUCCCUCCUGCUACUACCCUUCACUUCCGUCUGCGAAAUCAUCCGGAAAAUCUAUACCCUGGCUGACAAGAGGAGGGAUCAGACAGAACUCAUCUGCAAAGUAGUCCUCUUCCUCUUUCGAAUUCAUCAAAAACCAAUUAUAGCCAAUCAAAUUCUCUACCGUGACAUCAAGAAGAUGAUCAAAAAACUCCAGGAAGUUGUCCAGGAGCUCAGGGAUAUGAUUGGAAUGAAUUACUACGGUCUUCGGAUGAUGCAGAGACAAAUAGAAGAGCGAGAAGGAGUGGAGUUCUUUAAAGAGAUCACAAAGAAGCGACAAGAAAAGGAAAAACGCAGAAAAGCUGACAUGAUCCGGAAACGUGCUCGAGAUCCUGAAGCAUCGUAGAAAAAACUUCAUCGCGGGAAGUGGGCACCUUUGAAAUGGGGUCUUUUAAAAUUGAACUAAUAAUAUCGCUCCUUGGAAAUUACAAGGGGCCAACUCAAUCUGAGCCAUUUUUCAGGAGACAGCAUGAAAGAUUCAACUUUGUAUAAAUAAUUAUCUCAAUUAAAUAUGUUAAUAAAAAAAUUUAAUUCUUUUCUAUUUGUAUGAGCAUUAUAAUAAACAUCGAAACAUACAUAUUUUUAUCUUUCAAAA